AUGGAUUCCCACGCAGCCCUUGAGCUGCUGGAGUACUUGCGCAUAUGCUAUCCUAUCUUCCUCUUAAUCCUCUUUGUCAUCGCCUUCAUCACGAACACCGUCCUCAUUGCAAAGAAAGCCCGCAAUGAUGAAUCGCAGGGCUUCGGCCCCGGUGGCAGACUUCUCCCCCAACGAUCCCGCAGUGUUCCUUACAAGCCGCGAGAGUUCUCGCGGAACGUCAAACGACUGUUCACCUUCCUCUCCGCAGCCAUCCCUCUCACUUUCGUUGCCGAUGCAACUAUCUAUAUCCUACAUGUCAUGACCGCAAGGUCAGAGAAUUGGUGGCGAGGUCAGCCUGCAGUGAUUUACAUUGUCGGCUCCUUCUUCGUCUACGCAGUGCUGCUCAUGGCACUGUUGGACACAACACCAUCUCCUACAAUCGCCCAAUUUGUGUGUUGGUCCGUCGCCAUCCCCAUUGAAUUGGUGAUUCUGAGCACGUCCCUCUCGAUCUAUACCUCAGUGCACCAUGAGCCAAUUGUUGGAAACCCAGAAGGUGGGCGGCUUCGCAAAGGCAUCACCUUUUGGGAAAUCCUGGAGGUCGGAUCCAUCAGUCUGCGAGUUCUCGUGUUAUUCACACUAGUCGUUCUUUAUGCUUGUCAGAUCAUGAGCUUGAAGAGCCACGAGAAGGCAAACCAGCGGGCCAACGAAGCCACAGAAGCCACAGGACUCCUGGACUCAGGUAGAACCGAAAAUGGCAACGGUAAUGGCCACACCAAUGGCAAUGGAAAUGCAAACGGAGCAAAUGGUCACGGAUAUGGCUCAACAAAUGGAAACGCUCGUCCUGAGGCUCCGAAGCCUGAUCCGUGGGUGCGUCCGACCACUGUUCCUUCCACCAGCUGGUGGGAGUAUCUUGCUGGAUACUCGCUCUUCUUCCCUUACUUGUGGCCAUCCAAGUCUCGCCGGCUGCAAAUCGUCGUCUCAUUCUGCUUCCUCCUGCUCCUGGCCCAGCGAGCCGUCAACGUUUUGGUGCCGCACCAAGUGCAGGUCAUCACCGACUCCCUCGGCAAAAACGAGGGUGAGACCUUCCAAGUGCCAUGGUUCCAAAUAUGCCUUUAUGUGGUAUAUCGGUGGUUGCAGGGAAACCAGGGAUUGCUCAGUUCUCUGCGAUCCAGCCUCUGGAUCCCCGUGAGUCAGUACUCCUACAUGGAGCUCUCAACUGCCGCCUUCGAGCACGUGCAUGGCCUCAGCUUGGACUUCCACCUCGGUAAAAAGACAGGAGAAGUCUUGUCUGCACUGAGCAAGGGCAGUUCCAUCAACACCUUCCUGGAGCAGGUCACCUUCCAGGUCGUACCGAUGCUCGUCGACCUUGUCAUUGCGUUCGUGUACUUCUUAGUUGAAUUCGAUGCCUAUUACGCUUUGGCUGUCGGUAUCUCCACAUUCGGCUAUCUUUAUGUCACAAUUCGGAUGGCCCAAUGGAGAGCUGAAAUUCGCAGGCAAAUGGUGAAUGCUUCAAGACAGGAAGAUGCCGUCAAGAACGACUCGAUGGUUUCAUACGAGACUGUCAAGUAUUUCAAUGCCGAGCAGUAUGAAUUUAACAGGUACCGUGGUGCCGUUGGUGACUACCAAAAGGCUGAAUAUCAUGUUUUGUUUUCCUUGACACUGCUGAAUACUUGUCAAAAUACAGUAUUCAUGAUGGGUCUUUUGGUGAUGUGCUUUAUCUGCGCAUACCAGGUCUCGAUUGGCCAACGCCCCGUGGGAAAGUUCGUGGGGCUCCUUACCUACAUGGUGCAGCUUCAAGGUCCGCUCAACUUCUUCGGUACUUUCUAUCGCUCUAUCCAGUCGGCAUUGAUCAAUGCCGAGCGUCUUUUGGAAUUGUUCCGCGAGCAGCCAACCGUGGUCGAUAAUACUCGUGCUACUCCAUUGGCAAUGUGCAAGGGCGAUAUCAAAUUCGAAGAUGUGGAAUUUGCCUACGAUGCGCGAAAGCCCGCCCUGAAUGGUCUUACAUUCCACUGCCAGCCUGGAACCACAACUGCCCUAGUCGGUGAGUCUGGCGGAGGCAAGUCCACUGUCUUCCGCCUGCUGUUCCGGUUCUACAACUCCGAGAACGGCCGCAUUCGCAUUGAUGGACACGACGUCCAAGAUAUCACCAUUGAUUCGCUUCGCAAGCACAUUGGUGUGGUACCCCAGGACACUGUACUUUUCAACGAGACUUUGAUGUACAACCUGAAGUACGCCAACCAGGAAGCUUCUGAUGAAGAUGUUUACGAGGCCUGUCGUGCCGCCAGCAUCCACGACAAGAUCUUGGCGUUCCCCGACGGCUACAACACCAAGGUCGGAGAACGUGGACUACGACUCAGCGGAGGUGAGAAGCAACGCGUGGCUAUUGCCCGUACGAUAAUAAAAAACCCUCGUGUUAUCCUUCUGGAUGAGGCUACCGCUGCAUUGGAUACGGACACAGAGGAGCAUAUUCAAAGAGCCCUCUCAACACUGUCAAAGGGUCGUACUAUGCUGGUCAUUGCUCACCGUCUCAGCACAAUCACGACGGCAGACCGCAUUUUGGUUCUGUCCGAAGGCCAAGUGGCCGAAAGUGGUACACAUGAAGAGCUUCUGGCCAUGAAAGGCCGAUACGCCAGCAUGUGGCGGAAGCAAAUCCGAGCGCAAAAGGCAGCAGCGGAAGCACAGGUUCUCCAAGAUCGAGCCGAGCGAAUCCGCACUGCAACCACCAGCGAUGACAGCUCGAGCCAAUCUGACGAAGACCGGAAGGUCGGCGCUCGUCGAACCAAUUAA